AUGUCGUUGGUUGUACACAAUGAUCGGAGAUCAUCCUUGCAGAAUCGAAAAUUGUCCGCCCUAAGAUUAUCUAACUCUCGCCGUACCCCUAUCUAUACUGUCAAGUUUAAUGACAACGCAUCUCUAAUUGCAUCGGCCGGAGAUGACCACGAUAUCACUAUCUGGAAUACUGAUUCAAUUGUUCCGGGUGAUUUUUCCGCUGAUUUCACUAAUGGUACUCCAGUUGAUUAUCAUUAUCUUCCUUCCGUGCAUAAAUCUGCCAUUACGUAUUUGGCCUGGUCUAACGUCUCUCCGUCUUUACGGCUCUUUACAGCUUCGGCUGAUUCAACUGCGGCUCUCCUGGAUCUUUCAAAAGCUCAGAAAAUUAAAACUUUCAAGCACUCCGGCAGUGUCAACCAGUUGGCAGUCUCUAAAAGAGAUCUUUUGGUCACGUGCUCAGACGACGGUUCUGUCAAGUUAUGGGACAUACGUUCCAAGUUCCCGACGGCUCAGAUAUCUACAAAAUAUCCAGUUCUAACAUGCUGUGUCGACUAUGAUGAACAAGGGAUCUUCUUUUCUGGAAUCGAUCCGACUAUUCACUGUUACGAUCCUAGGAAUAUGGAUAAACCACUUUGGGAAGAGAUGAGCCAGUCUAAUAACGUCACCUCCCUUUCGCUCUGUCCUGACUCGUCAGAGUAUCUUGUGAGCAAGUCAAUAGACGGGAGUAUCAAGUACUUUGAUUCCAGAUUCAUUGCUCUCUCCUCUGUUCACAGUCGCGCCAAACCAUACAUUUUCGAUGGAUCUGAGGCUUCCCCUGAAGACUGGCUCAUCAGGUCGCUGCUCGUCAAAGAUGGACAAGGAGCAUUGCGGGUCAUCAGUGGUUCUAACGACGGUUGUGUCUAUUUAUGGGAUUUUGCUAGUAGAAAACUUGUUGCCAGGUUGGAUGGCCAUAUUGGUAGCUCGUUCGAUGUUGAUUACAACCAGAAAUCUGCACGUCUUGUCAGUUGUUCCCAGGAUGGAAGUCUUAUACUUCGGGAUUUCUAG